UUCGCUCACAACGGCGCACUCAUACUCUACCCUUCGCUCCUCCUCAUCAUCUUGUUCUCCUCCGUGAAUCACCAUUUCGACAUCUUCCCUUCCCCUCCAUCUUCUUCUUCUUCUUCUUCCAACCACGGAGCUAAUGUUGCCCAGCAAGAGAAAGAACAGGCUCUCCUCCUCUCCUUAAGCGCGAGCAGAAGAAACUUCGUCACCGGUAGCAGCACUGCUGCUGCUCGAACCAGACAAAAGAGAGCUCACGUCGUUGUUGAUAGGAAGGAGGAGAGCUUAGCAAGAGCGAGGGCAGCGAUAAAGAGAGCGAGCAGCGGGAAGAUGACCGUCGUCAACAACAGCACUUCGCGUUAUCAGGAGGACAGAUUUGUUCCGAGCGGACCCGUUUACAGAAAUCCUCGCGCCUUCCAUCAGAGCCACGUGGAGAUGGAGAAGCGAUUCAAGGUGUGGGCCUACAAGGAAGGAGACCAGCCCUUGUUCCACAAGGGCCCGAUGAACGACAUCUACUCGAUCGAGGGCCAUUUCAUCGACGAGCUCGAGGGCGGUCGGAGCCCGUUCUCGGCCCAUCGCCCCGACGAGGCCCUGGCCUUCUUCAUCCCGGUCAGCGUCGUCAACAUCAUCCAGUUUGUCUACCGCCCGUACACCACGUACGCCCGGGACCGCCUCCGGAAUGUGGUGGAGGACUACAUCGGCCUCGUCUCCCGGAGGCACCCCCAUUGGAACCGAACCGGGCGGGCGGACCAUUUCAUGAUCUCUUGCCAUGAUUGGGCCCCGGAAGUAUCCAAUGGCCAUCCCCAGCUCUUCAAGCACUUCAUCAGAGUCCUAUGCAAUGCCAACAGCAGUGAAGGUUUCCAGCCAUCUAGAGACGUCUCGUUGCCCGAAAUCUACCUUCCGCGCGGAAAGCUGCUGUCGCCCCGGCCCACUCCGCCCCCGGACAACCGCUCGGUCCUCGCCUUCUUCGCCGGCGGCGUCCACGGCCACGUGAGAAAGGAGCUGCUCCGUCAUUGGAAGGACAAGGACGACGAGGUCCGAGUGCACGGGUACCUCCCCAAGUCGCUCAACUACACCGAGCUCAUGGGCCAGAGCAAGUUCUGCCUCUGCCCCAGCGGGUACGAGGUCGCGAGCCCCAGAGUGGUGGAGUCAAUCUACGCCGGGUGCGUCCCUGUGAUCAUCUCCGACGGCUACGUGCUCCCGUUCAGCGACGUCCUCGACUGGAGCAAGUUCUCGGUUCACGUCCCGGUUGGGAGGAUCCCCGACAUCAAGAGGAUCCUCAAGAGCAUCCCCGGGGAGGAGUACCGGGAGAAGCAAAGGCGGGUCGUGGAGGUGCAGCGGCACUUCGUGGUGAACCGGCCGGCCGAGCCGUAUGACAUGAUGCACAUGGUGAUGCACUCCGUGUGGCUCAGGAGGUUGAAUUUGAAGCUGCCGCUGUGAAUUCUUUCGGACAAGGCAUAGUCUGGACUGGUGGUUUGAACUGUAUAAACUAUAUAGUACUGAAUGUACAAAUUGAAAUAGU